CUUCCUAGGGCUAAUGCAGCUGUUGUGACAGCCCUGAGCAGCCUCUGUCAUCUCCACCAUGAAGAUCGUUGGGGGUCUCCUUCUGCUCUGCACAGUGGCCCAUUUCUGCAGCUGCUCAGAAGCUGCUAGUCUGUCUUUAACAACAGUGGACUGCAGCAUUUACAAGAAGUACCCAGUGGUGGCCAUCCCCUGCCCCAUCACAUACCUGCCUGUUUGUGGUUCUGACUACAUCACCUAUGGGAAUGAAUGCCAUUUGUGUACUGAGAGCUUGAAAAGCAAUGGGAAGAUUCAGUUUCUUCAUGAAGGAAGAUGUUAACUCCUCCAUAGACAUGGAUAUAGAGUGAUGAUACCCUCGUUGUCAUCUUCAUCAUCCCAGGCGCCGGCUGCCUUUUCCCUCGUGUUGGCUGAGGUUCUGUGAGGGGGGCAGGGACAGAUUUGGAGUCAUCUUCAUUGAGUGGAGAAGGUUGUUGUGCCCUUCUUCAAACUCAUGCCUCACUGACUGACUGGCAUUUUUGUUUUUGCACCUCAAUAAAAUAUUCUCCCCAGAGAGUUUAUCUUUA